UUUUUCUUGGUUAAAAUGAAAGGUGGAAACCAGUGGUGGAAACACAGAAUUGUCACAAAUCAAAAUCAACAUGGCGGAUUACUGAGGAGUUGAAAACAUUGAAAACAACUAGUUUUUAACUCGGAUUCUGUUGCAAGUAUGUGGUGAAUUUCUGGAAGUAUUUUAAAAAUAAGUAUGGAGCGAAAUGAAAGAAAAAGGAGGCUAGAAGAUGAUUCAAAUAAACCCAGUUAUUCUAAGGUAUGUGACAUUUAUUAUAUUGAAAUAUUUUGCUUGUGAUAUUUUAUUUUUUUCAAAUCUCGGGUGCGCAAUUUCCAAACUUUCCAGUCAUGAGUCUUUGAGCGGACUCCAAUAAUUAUUACAAAUUGUAUGUGAUAUUAUGUUACAGAGGGUCAAUAAAUCAGUCAUAUAUUCUGUAAAGUUUGGACAGCCAAUAUUUUACAAAGUGGCUAUAUCUAUGGGUCCGUAAACAGACUUCGCCAGGCUAUAUUUACAGCACUCGAUGUACCGAACCGGCACUAUAAAGCGUAUUGUUUACAAAGGAUUUCAGCGAGCUCGAAAAUAGCUCAGAAGGUUAGGCCAUUUGCUGCUGUGUUGUAGUCCGCGGGUUCGAAUCCAAGUUGUGAUGGUUUUUUGUUUGCCUUAACAAAACAUGUUUAACUUUUUUUCUGACUAGUUUUAAUUUUUUGGGGGGUUAGGGUUAGAGGUUAGGUUAGGGGAAGGAUUGGGAUUAGGGUUAUUUUUGUUUUAAUUUGACUUUAACGAUAAAUACAGGCCGUAUGGAGACUAAGAACGAGAGUGCCGUAAAUAUAGCCUGGCAAAGUCUGUUUUAAUACGGGCCCGUAGAUAUAGCCACUUCGAAUAUUUUAUAGAACUAAAUGGGCCAUUCCAUUUAAUAUAGGCACCCCCUAUUGAGGGGUCUGGAUAUCCUAUGGGGGGGGGGGGUUACCUUAAAAUUUCCUAGAGUGUAGCUUAAGAAAUUUUCAAAAAAAUAGCAAAAAUUAGGUGUUUUAGUGAUAUCCAAGGGGGUAAAAAUGAUAUUCUAAUUUAUAUUUCUUGUUUACAAAAUUUACAUAAUUAAAUGAUCACUUUUCCUGUGUGUUAUGAUAUGUGUACCACGCCAGCACGACCAGCAAAAAUUUUGUACCACGCCGGCAUGCCAUACAAAACGUUAGACAAAGAAACUUUGCAGUCUGGAUUACAUAUAAUAAGUAUUUUCCUCACUAGCGAGCUCUACAAAAACAUGAGUCAGAUUCAUCUGAUGAAGAAGACUACACGCCAUAUGUGCCUUUAAAAGAUCGCAGGAAGCAAGAGGUAUGAUAAACUAAGGGUUCCACGCCCUGCACUUACAUUUACUGUCGUGUUACAUGCAAAUUGUUAUUUAAAUUCAAGCAAUUUGUUACAGCUAGAAAGACGUGCAAAGUUGCUCAAUAAAAGUGGAAGCAGUAAGAAUGAGAAAUCUGAUGAAAGUGCAGACAAGGACAGGGUAUUGAUUCACAGAUUAAAAUUAUGUCCAGGGUGCAAAUUAGCAGCUUACAAAAUAUGACAAAUUGUCAUACAAAAUUUUUCAGUCAGUUUUAAGCAUCAAAUAUCAAUUGUCAGAUGCAUAUCAUACAAAGCAGUGUUAGCAUAUUAGAAAAUAUUUUUGUAGGUCAAAAUUGAAAAAUAUUUGAAAAUAAUUAUUGUAGACACGAAAAAUUUUCUUCUUUCGCACCCUUACAUGUGUAUGUCAAUAAACUUGUGUGUUUAUUAAAUAUAAACGGUGUCUUAUUAGAGAG